AUGUCAUCCGAAGAAGUUGCUCCUCCAGCUCACCAAAUCUAUGAUACCAUUUUGGUUUUGGAUUUCGGUUCACAGUACUCUCAUUUAAUUUUGAGAAGAUUAAGAGAAUUCAAUGUCUACGCUGAAAUGUUACCAUGUACUCAAAAGAUCGCAGAGUUGCCUUUCAAGCCAGUUGGUGUCAUUCUUUCUGGUGGCCCAUACUCCGUCUACGAGGAAGGUGCUCCACACGUUGACCCUGCUGUUUUCGAUCUUAAUGUUCCAGUUUUGGGUAUUUGUUAUGGUAUGCAAGAAUUGGCUUGGAUCAAUGGUAAAGGUGUUAGUAGAGGUACCAAGAGAGAAUACGGUCCUGCCUUUGUUCACGUCGUUGAUGAGGCAUGUGCUUUAUUUAAAGGUGUCAAUAACUCUCAAGUUUGGAUGUCCCAUAACGAUAAGCUAACUGCUUUACCAACUGGUUUCAAAACUGUCGCAACUACAGAUAACUCUCCCUAUGCAGGUAUUGCACAUGAAGAGAAGCCAAUUUACGCUCUCCAAUUCCACCCAGAAGUUACUCACUCUUUACAAGGUAAGAUCUUGUUGAGGAACUUUGCUCUUGACAUUUGUAAGGCAAAGACAAACUGGAAUAUGGAAAAUUUCAUUGACUCCGAAAUCAAGAGAAUUAGAGAACUCGUUGGACCAACUGCAGAAGUUAUCGGUGCAGUCUCUGGUGGUGUCGACUCUACAGUUGGUGCCAAGUUGAUGAAGGAAGCAAUUGGUGAUAGAUUCCACGCUAUCUAUGUUGAUAACGGUUUGAUGAGAAAGAACGAAACUGUUAAUGUCAAAAAAACUUUGGACGAAGGUUUAGGCAUCAACUUAACUGUUGUUGAUGCAGGUGAUGAGUUUUUGGGUAAAUUGAAGGGUGUCACUGAUCCAGAAAAGAAGAGAAAGAUCAUUGGUAACACAUUCAUUCACGUCUUUGAAAGAGUUGCAGCUGAGAUUAAACCAAACGACGGCUCUCAAAUUGAAUACUUAUUACAAGGUACCUUAUACCCAGAUGUCAUCGAAUCAAUUUCUUUCAAGGGACCAUCCCAAACUAUCAAGACACACCAUAAUGUCGGUGGUUUGUUGGAAGAUAUGAAAUUAAAGUUAAUUGAGCCUUUAAGAGAAUUGUUCAAAGAUGAAGUUAGAGAGUUAGGUAAGAUUAUGGGUAUUCCGGAUGAGUUGGUUUGGAGACAUCCAUUCCCAGGUCCUGGUAUUGGUAUCAGAGUGUUAGGUGAAGUCACCCCAGCUCAAGUUAAAAUUGCAAGAGAAGCGGAUUAUAUUUUCAUCGAAGAAAUCAGGGCUCAUGGUUUAUACAACAAAAUCUCACAAGCAUUUGCAGCUCUUCUUCCAGUUAAAUCCGUUGGUGUUGUUGGUGACCAGAGAACAUAUGAACAAGUUAUUGCUUUAAGAGCAAUCGAAACAACCGAUUUCAUGACUGCAGAUUGGUUCGUUUUUGAUGCUGCAUUCUUAAAGAAGGUCGCUUCUAGAAUUGUCAAUGAAGUCGAUGGUGUAGCUAGAGUUACCUAUGACAUUACCUCUAAGCCACCAGCUACUGUUGAAUGGGAAUAA